UUUGGUUUGAACUGCUCCUCAGAGUGUCAUUGUCUACAUGGUGCCAACUGUAACCAUGUCUCCGGUAACUGCUCCGAUGAGCUAUGUGCGCCUGGGUGGACCAAUAGUAACUGUAGCGUUGCCUGCAACCCUGGCACUUUUGGUGCUAACUGCUCCUAUAUAUGUCAUUGUUACAACACUGAAAUAUGCCAUCAUAUUGAUGGUACCUGUCCCGUUAACCAAUGUGCAGCUGGAUGGACGCAUGACAACUGUAGCGUAGCGUGCGACAAAGGUUUAUUUGGUUUGAACUGCUCGUCAGAGUGUCAUUGCCUACACGGCACCAACUGCAACCAUGUCUCGGGCAAGUGUUCCGGUGAGAAAUGUGAGCCUGGGUGGACUUACAGUAACUGUAGCGUUGCCUGUACACCCGGCUUCUACGGACAAAGAUGCUCUAUGGACUGUCACUGUGACAAGUGUCAUUCCGUCAAUGGAUCGUGCGUAGGGUCUCUUCAAUGUCACGAUGGGUUUAGGAUGGAAAAUGGUUUCUGUACACCUUUUAGCCCAGAGUGUCAUACUGACAAGAAUUAUAACGCCUUAUUAGCUGUGUCUUCGGUCCUUGGAGUUGUUGUAGCGGCUGUAAUAGUAUUAAGUGUGCUGAUCAUCAGAUGGAAACAUUGCCAAUUUGUUGGAGAAAUUCGUGCUAACAGAGAGUCGUCUUGUCACAAAAUGUACGACGACUUGGCACCAAAUUCAACGAACCGUAACUUCUAUGACUACCUGCAAAUGUCAUGAACAAAGAGGAACAACACUAUUUUACACCUACAUACAAAGUGGACAGUGUACAAAGAAUAGAAAAAAAGUAUAAUUAGCACAAGGCGAAGAAGACAACACGGUUUACCUUGGCAUCUGACGAACAUACACAGUAAAUAAAGAACAAUUGAUACCCAUGUGGAGAAAGAGAACAUUUCAAUGCGUACAUCUGGAAAUAGAUUAUCAGUCCCCGCAUGACAGAAACAUAGACAAACGAUGGCAAAACAGCCACAAAACAAUGAGUCAAGUGUCAUGAGAAUAUAUAUAUUCACGUUUGCGUUCAAAAUUCCACUAAAUAUGUUCUCUUGCUCUAUAAAUGUAUCGAUCAUCAAGGUUACUGUACCUAUCUGACUUUAUAAAUGUUGAAUCACUAUGGUAUAAUCAAACGUCAUGUACUACUGUACUUAUUUGACAAUACAAAAUCUAGCACAACUAUAUUAUAACGAACUUGUAUCACGUUUGAUGUAUAUUGCAGCAUCGGCUUAUUAAGUUCACACGUAUUGUUACAUACGUGACAUCUACAGAAACAUUUAUUUGUGUAUAUUUCUUAUUAUCCACUUAAUAAAGAAAAUAAUUAACAACAUAAACAGUAACUAAUCAAUUUAUAUCUAAUAACAUGUGAUUAUAAUUUAAAUACCAUGUUAGUACAAGUGUAUUGUUAUAAAAGAGUGUCAAUAACAUGUUUGUAUCGAUGUAUGUAUAUAGAACGAUUUAAUGCAGGUAAUUGUGUGUAAUCAUAUGGUGUGUAC